AUGGAUCUCUCGGGAGGAAAGCCCUUUAGAUCCCGGCGGACGCACCGGAAGUCGCGACUCGGUUGUGCGAACUGUAAGAAGCGGCGUAUUAAGGUCUUUUCAUUCUUGUCAAUCAUGUUGAACAUUCUGCGUGCUGUAUUCUGCUUCCCUCGGCGAAAGCCUUGGAUUACAUCAAUUGGCCAAACUGACGACGAGGACAACCUGUCACAGUGCGACGAGAAGAAGCCAAUUUGCACCAACUGCGAUAAUCAUGGCGUUGAAUGCUCAUUCUCACUGGUCGCUCCGACUCCUCCAGCUUCGGAAACACUGUCUCCUAGUGCAACUAUAUCCGAAACAUCGCCUGAACAAAAUACCCAACCGCUUUCUCGACGGUUCCGACCAUAUCCAUACUCCAACGGAGGACUAAAGCAGACAUUCAAAUUAUCUAAGCCCAAAGAUCAACCUCAAUCACCAGUCGAACCAACAGAGCCACCAGUCGAAUUCUUACCCUUCAAAUCAAUAUCGCUGGCCGAUUUACAUCUAUUCCAUAACUAUACCAUCUCAACCUAUCAGACCAUGGUGGAAGACGUCGACAGGAAUGGGAUUUGGCAGAAUCACAUCGUCCAAUGGGGCAUGGAAUUCCCGUCAAUCUUACAUCUCAUCCUGGCUCUCUCCGCUCUCCAUCUCGCAUACAAGAAUCCCGAGUCGCGCGAGAAAUAUAUCCAACAAGCCGAUGAUCACUUCACAUUCGGCGUUCGAACGGUCACGAGUGUCCUGUCACAACUCAAUGCCGAUAAUUGUCAAAAGAUUUACAUGGCGGCCGUUCUGAUCUGUUUCAAUUACUUUGGCCGUGGACCUCGGCCAGGCGAAUAUCUUAUCUUCAGCGAUGCCGGCGCAGGUGAAUGGCAGGUUCUCAUGUGGGGGGUGAAAACCAUUGUCAUGUCCUAUCAUGCCAAGGUAUUUAGUGGCAUCUUGGAGCCAAACGUCGACGAAAAAGAACCCGUCUUGAGUGAUUCUAUGAGCAUCGAGCUUCAUGAGCAUACCAUCCACGUGGAAGCCUUACAGCGACUCAUCGAGCAAGAGACAACAGACGAAGCCGAUCGCGCUAUGUACACAAAGGCAAUCAGUGACCUGCUGAUUAUCAUGCGAGAAGUCUACGAAAAACGAUCAAUCGGAGAUCCGGGUGUGGGCUUGAUGCAUCUGCUGAUUGGUUGGCUAUAUCGUUUGCCGGAGGAGUUGGUCAGCCUAUUGGAACAGAAAGAGCCGCGUGCUCUUGUUAUAUUAGCGUACUGGGCUGUCAUGUUGAAGUACAUGGAUAGUGUCUGGUUUAUGAAGGGAUGGUCUGAGCAUGUAUUGUCGGGAAUAUCGGGGUAUCUUCAACCAGGGUAUCGCCCUUGGAUUGAGUGGCCUUUGCGGGGUAAGACAGGAUAG